AUGAGAGGCUUCAACAACUAUAACCGAUACGCCAACUUCCCGGACUACAGCAACCCGUAUGCAAACUACCAAGCGGCGGCCUAUGGGCAAUUCAGGCCCAAUUAUGGAGAUUACUCAGGUCACUCGGGUAUGUCCAAUAGUAACAACUCAAGUAACCUAGGAAGAAACUUAAUGCAAAUUGAUUGGACAAAUGUAAAAUUAGUUCCAUUUGAAAAGAACUUUUAUAAAGAACACCCUGAUAUAAGUAACUUGUCAUCGAAGGAAGUGAAAGAUAUUCGAGAGAAACACAGAAUUACCAUUUUGGAAGGAGAGGGAGUGCCCAAUCCAGUAGAAUCUAUUAGCAAAAUUGGCUUCCCAGACUAUGUUUUAAAAUCACUUAAAAAUAAUAAUAUUGUUACUCCAACUCCUAUUCAAAUACAAGGUUGGCCAAUAGCACUUUCAGGAAAGGAUAUGAUUGGAAAGGCAGAAACGGGUAGUGGAAAAACAUUAGCUUUUAUUUUGCCCGCAUUUGUUCACAUUUUAGCUCAACCAAGCUUAAAGUAUGGAGAUGGCCCAGUCGUUUUAGUUAUGGCUCCCACCAGAGAGUUAGCUGAACAGAUCAGACAAGAAUGCGUCAAAUUUUCUGUAGAAUCCAAAAUAAGAAAUACAUGUGCUUAUGGUGGUGUACCAAAGAGUGGUCAAAUUUAUGCCCUCAAGCAAGGGGUUCAUAUUUUAAUUGCAUGUCCAGGUCGUCUAAUCGAUUUAUUGGAACAGAAUGUUACCAACCUAAUGAGAGUUACAUAUUUAGUUUUGGACGAAGCUGAUAAAAUGUUAGAUAUGGGGUUCGAAAUACAAAUUCGAAAAAUUGUGGAGCAAAUUAGACCUGACAGACAAACAUUAAUGUGGUCAGCUACUUGGCCAAAGGAAGUGCAAUCGUUAGCGAGAGAUUUGUGUAAACAGCAACCUAUACAUGUUAACGUUGGUUCUCUAACGUUAACUGCGUGCCGUAGAAUUAAGCAAGAAAUUUAUCUGAUUGAGGAACAUGAAAAGAUAGCAAACCUCAAGCUUCUGCUUCAGAGAAUAUUCCGAGACAACGACAGAAUUAUCGUCUUUGUGGAAACGAAGAAAAAUGCAGAUUUUAUCACCAAGGCCCUGAGGCUAGAUGGUGUGCCUGCCUUAUGUAUACAUGGAGAUAAGAAACAGGAUGAGAGAAGGUGGGUACUGAAUGAUUUCAAAACAGGAAAGAGUCCCAUUCUGAUUGCAACCGAUGUAGCUUCCAGAGGACUAGAUAUUAAGGAUGUAAAAUAUGUUGUUAAUUUUGAUUUCCCUAAUCAAAUUGAAGAUUAUGUACACAGAAUUGGUAGAACAGGUCGAGCAGGAGCUCACGGAGCUUCCUUCACUUUUUUAACAUCUGAUAAGUACAGACUAGCUAGAGAUUUAGUUAAAAUACUAAGAGAAUCGGAACAACCCGUACCUCCACAGCUAGAGAAAAUAUCGUACACAGCUGUUAACAACCCAAGAAGAAACCCAUACUACGGUUAUGGUCGUUCAUCACACAAUGUAAAUAACAUUCCUCUCAAGGGAAGCAAUAGAUAUUACUAA